CCGCCCCGUGCGGGCGGUGUCCCGGAGCCCGGCCCCGGCGGGUGCAUGACCGCGGCCGAGCGGGGAGAGCGCGGCGGGGUCGGGGCGGCAGUUGGAGCGUGGAGCGUCGGGCGGGGCCGGCUGAGCAGCGCGGAUACUUGUGAAAGAUGGUGGAUCGCUUGGCAAACAGCGAGGCAAAUACUAGAAGAAUAAGCAUAGUGGAAAACUGCUUUGGAGCAGCUGGUCAGCCUUUGACUAUCCCUGGUCGCGUUCUCAUCGGAGAGGGAGUAUUAACGAAGCUGUGUAGGAAGAAGCCCAAAGCGAGGCAGUUCUUCCUGUUCAAUGACAUUCUUGUCUACGGUAAUAUUGUCAUCCAGAAAAAGAAAUACAACAAACAGCACAUAAUCCCGUUGGAGAACGUCACCAUUGAUUCCAUCCAGGAUGAGGGAGACUUGCGGAAUGGGUGGCUCAUCAAGACGCCUACCAAGUCUUUUGCAGUUUAUGCCGCCACAGCUACGGAGAAGUCUGAAUGGAUGAACCAUAUAAAUAAGUGCGUUUCUGAUUUGCUUUCCAAGAGCGGGAAGACUCCUAGCAAUGAGCAUGCGGCUGUCUGGGUGCCGGACUCGGAAGCCACUGUCUGCAUGCGCUGUCAGAAAGCAAAAUUUACCCCCGUCAACCGCCGUCACCACUGUCGCAAGUGCGGCUUUGUCGUCUGCGGCCCUUGCUCUGAGAAGAGAUUCCUUCUCCCCAGCCAGUCUUCCAAGCCUGUACGGAUAUGCGACUUCUGCUAUGAGCUUCUUUCUACUGGGGAGAUGACUGCUUGUCAGUCCACGAGAUCAGACUCCUACAGCCAGUCGCCUAAGUGUUCUUUAAAUGAUGCAUCUGAUGAUGACGACGAUGAAGACAGUAGUGAUUAAAGACCAAAUGUUUGUGUUUCAGACCGUAUGGAGCUGCUUUUGGGGGAAGCUUGUAGUGAGGUUCCCUGGAAAAUUCCUGUUCUAGCCAUGAAAUAUGCCUGAAUAUCUUCAAUUGUGAUGUGCCUCGAUCUAUGAGUUCUCUAGACAAUAGAUUUUUCACUCCUCUGCAGGGAUAGACUGUUGGAAAUGUUACCAGAUUGUUUUCCAAUUUCUUAUACUUGAGUUAUGUCUAAGUUAGACUUCUGUGGAAGAUUGGAAAAUAGAAAGUACUUUCUUGAUUGAACAACCCACGCUUCCUAAUGUUUCAUAUCAAUAUGUUAUGUGGGGUUGGUCGGUUUCUUUUGGUAUGGAGAGGGAAACUGUAAGUGUGCGUAGAACAGUGAUGUCUUGGUUAACCCCACAGCCCAUCUGUUUUACUAAACAUGGUAUACGACAAGUUGAAAUGUGACAUGAUUACGAACCUCAGUGUCACAGAACUUGGGAACUGUCUUGUUUUGCUCUUAUUUAUGACCUCCUAUACCAAGCAGUGCCUUGUAACACUUUGUGCUGAUUCAGGAAGAAGCAAUCCUAUUCUGCGUUGUCUGUAUUCACCUGAUGCUGGUAUCUGAGAGAUUGUUGGUGCUAUAGAGAAUAACUGCUGUGUUCAAAGCGGAGCUCUCAGCUGCACACCCACAGGCUGAGGAGAUCUGGAUCCCACACCCUCACCGCUUACACAGCCCCAAAGCUGCCUGACCCAGCAGGCUUCAGUGGGGUUCUUUCCACAGGAGCUGUGCUGUGGGUUGGGACCUGGAGGUGAGAAGCUGCGGGUGACAUCUCACAGGGAUAUCCACACGUUUAGAGCAGUUUAGAAGUUUAAAAUCUGGCGAAUGCACGUUGAGAUUUUAGUGGGGCAAUACAGCAUUUUGCUGUGAUAGUUUAUAUUUUUGGAGCUACUUCCCAAAUGCGACACUAACUUGUUUCUCAAGACAUUGAUGAGAGGGUUUUUUUUUUCCUACUUUCUUCCCAAAUCUCACUGGCUUUGUAUAAGAGUAACCUCACAUUUUGAACAAGCAGCCUGCAAAUCUGCGUAUGAAAUUGGCUUUCCUUUGUACACAGCUGACCUCAGGAUACACGUGAGAUGCAAGUUGUUUCAUUCUAAGUGUGUACCCAGGACCAAGAAAGAUAUAUUUAAGAACUAUAAUAAGAUAGUGCAGAAAAUGUCUCUACCGUAGCAUUCAUUUUUAUUCUUAAUAAGUUCUUAAUACAGAAAUGUCAUGUUCCUGUGUAUAUGUCAAGGUUAGACUUGUGAAAACAUGUUAACCCCAAAUGCUAUGUUUUUAUAUUUUUAUAAAGGUAAUGUCAAUUUCGAAGGGGAAAAAUAUCUUUGAGAUAGUUGAAUAUAAUAGCAACUGACUUUAUACAGAAAAAGGUUAAACUUUUGUGUAUCUUUAAGUGACAGUUUCUGCACUGUUUGCCUUGGCUGGCAAUAAUUGGGUUAAGUAUUUAUUGAAUAAACAAUCGAUGCUGCAUAUUG